UUAGGAUUGCGCAAGCCGGCAGUCGGAGUACGGCACGAGGGGUCGGUGGCAGGGCAGGGCAGGUCAGGGCGUACACACGGGCGGACUGUAAGCGCGCGCGCGCGCGCAGUUGCGCUGGAGAUACAGAACAGAGGAGGUUGGUUUGGCACUUGUCGACGUGCGACGAGUGAAGGAGACGGAAGACGGGACCGAGCCGAUUGAUAGUCUAGGCUGGGACGGGAUAGAGCGCGGGAGCGUGAGUGAGUGACACGUGGAAUAUCUGACGGAGCGCCAGCUGGCGGAAUGCAGGGGGAUCGUUGCGCGAAGAGGGUGAUGGCGGGGGCGGCUGUUGGCGGAGCCGUCGGGGGAGCGAUUGGUGUUGUCUAUGGAACCUAUGAAGCAUUCAGAUAUCGGGAUGACAAUGAUGAGACUGAUGAUAAUAGUCAUGAUGGCGAUGAUGAUGAUGAUGAUGAUGAUGAUGAUGAUGGCGGUGUGAUGCUGAUGAAGAUGAUGCUGAUGAUAAUGAUUAUGAUGACGACCAAGCAGCAAAUGAUGGCGAUUACGGAUCGCCUAAAGAGAGGCACGGGAAGUGCAGCGCGAGCUGCGUGGCGCUGCUUCCGGGAUGUGCCAGGGUAAGUGUGGGGAGAGAGGGGCAGUUCUGAGAGUGGCAGUGUGGAACAGGGACAUCGAUGAUCAAUGAUUGAUGAUUGGUGGUCAGGAUCGAUGAUGACAACUGCCCAGGAUGGGAAUCUACCGGAUAUUUUGGAUUUUUUCGUCAAAAGGAAGCCUGAUGUGUCCUUCAGAAGGAGAUUUGGAGAUGGGGAGGAGGAAGGAGCUAGUGGAGGAGGAAGAGGAGGAGGUGAAAUGGGAGAAUGGGAGUAGUGGAGGGUUCGCAAAGGGUUGAAGGUGAAGGAGGGUAGGGCCAUGUACGCGUCAUGGAUGUGAGGGCUCAUCCAGGAGGGGAGAAGGGGAUGGUGGGUGCUGCACUCUGUGUGUGUUUUUUUAUUUCUAAUAAUGUUUUUUUCUCUUUUCCUUCAGGAUUUUCAGAUUUUCAGUUGAGUUGCUCUGACAUGUGGUUGUCAUACCUACUUUCAUAUUUCCCCUUAGAGUAAGGAAAAAGGUAAGGCUGGAUGUGACACGAUUGCCUGGCUGAAGUUUCGAUGAAAGUAAUGUGAUUGUAAAGCGUGUGCAUCGAGUUUUGAAGUGAUCCCUCAUCCCUCUUGAACAAGCUGUCGCGCCCGCGCUCAAGUGAUGCCCUUACUUUCUUUUCUUUUAUUCUUUUCCAAUGAAACAAAAACAAUUUCAAACUCUUCCCCAGUUUGUUAGAAAAAAAAAAAGGAAAAAAAGGCUAACUCUUUAAGCCCAACCAAACCGAAUACCUGUCGAAUCUGGACAGGACGGCCUUUUUUUAUUGUGGUUAUACUAUGAUUAUAAAAAAAGGAAAAAAAGGCUAACUCUUUAAGCCCAACCAAACCGAAUACCUGUUGAAUCUGGACAGGACGGCCUUUUUUUAUUGUGGUUAUACUAUGAUUAUAGUGUUACGGGGAACCGAACCCCAUUGCAGCGACAUCUGUGCUCAAGCCUCCAACGAGGGAACAUGCGGGAGUUGCACCCACCAGCAGGUGUGAUACCUGCUACAGCAGGUGGGCGAUACCGGCC